UCAAAUCAACCAGCACGUCACUCGAGACGAAGACAGGUGAAUGAUGAGACCAGUGGCGCGCCCCUGAAUUAAGCUUCUGUCAACAUGCAUUUUUGUCUGUAUUUGGAUUAGCUGUGAACAGCAGGUGAUUUACAAAGUUCUUCUCUCGCACAGCUCUGCCUGUAAAAUGAGUCUCUAUGGGAAGAGAAAGAAGGAGGAGGAUGUUCAGAAACAUAAAGCAGCAUCUCCAGAACCCAGCUGUGUGUCUAUGAAGAGUGACAGGUCUAUGGUGAAACCCCUUGAUUUCAGUGAUGGAGCAGUGACCUCUGACCCUGACUCUGCCUGUAAAAUGAGUCUCUAUGGGAAGAGAAAGAAGGAGGAGGAUGUUCAGAAACAUAAAGCAGCAUCUCCAGAACCCAGCUGUGUGUCUAUGAAGAGUGACAGGUCUAUUGUGGAACCCCUUGAUUUCAGUGAUGGAGCAGUGACCUCUGACCCUGAAGUGAAGCGAGAUGAUGUGAUCAGAUCAGAGACAUCCUGUCUGACCUGCACUGACUCCAACUCUAAGACCCUCAUCGUGCAGAAAGUCAAAGACCAGCACAAAACCAGCAUGAAACACAAGUAUGAGAGAUUAUUUGAAGGAAGCAAACUAGAAGAGAAUCAAACCCUCCUGAACAGGAUCUACACAGAGCUAUACAUCUUAGAGGGAGAGAGUGAAGGAGUGAACGAAGAACAUGAAGUUUUACACAUGGAGAAAACACCCAGAACACUAGACACUCCAAUCUACUGCAAUGACAUCUUUAAACCCUUACAUCAACCAGGACAUGAAGAGAAAUACAAAAUCAAGACUGUUCUUACUAAAGGCAUUGCUGGAAUUGGAAAAACAGUCUCUGUGCAGAAGUUCAUUCUUGACUGGGCUGAGGGAGAAGCCAAUCAGGAUGUAGAUUUCAUGAUUGUGCUUCCAUUUCGAGAGCUGAACUUGAUUAAAGAUCAUCAGUACAGUCUUCACAGACUUCUGCUGGACUUUCAUCCUGAACUUCAAGAUCUGGACUCAAAGAUUUAUGAGGAGUGUAAAGUUGUGUUCAUCUUUGAUGGUCUGGAUGAAAGCAGAAUUACACUGAUGUUUUCAGAUAAUCAGAAAGUUUGUGAUGUGAAUGAGUCUUCAUCAGUAGGUGUGUUGAUGUCAAACCUCAUCAGAGGAGACCUGCUUCCCUCUGCUCUCAUCUGGAUCACCUCCAGACCAGCAGCAGUCAAUCAGAUCCCCUCAGAAUACAUCAACCGUGUGACAGAAAUUCAGGGAUUCAAUGAGUCUCAGAAGGAGGAAUAUUUUAGGAAGAGGAUCAGUGAUGAGCAUCAAGCCAGCAGAAUCAUCUCACACAUCAGAAGAUCAAGAAGCCUCCACAUCAUGUGUCACAUCCCCGUCUUCUGCUGGAUCUCAGCCACUGUGCUUCAAAACCUCCUGAAACAAGAUGACAGUGCAGAAAUCCCUCAAACUCUGACUGAAAUGUACAUCCACUUCCUGCUGACUCAGAUCAACUUGAAGAGUCUGAAGUAUGAUGAGAAAGAUCCAGAGAAACUCCUGAAAUCCAACAAGGAUAUGAUUAUGAAACUUGCUGAACUGGCUUUCAAACAGCUUAUGAAGGGCAAUGUGAUGUUCUAUGAGGAGGACCUGAUUGAGAGCGGGAUAGACAUCACAGAUGCCUCAGUGUACUCUGGGAUUUGCACUGAGAUCUUUAAGGAAGAUUCUGUGAUUCAUGAGAGGAAAGUUUACUGCUUCAUUCAUCUGAGCUUUCAGGAGUUUCUAGCUGCUUUAUAUCUAUUUUACUUCCACAUAGUCAAGAAUGAGGAAUCAUUGACCUUGUCUCUAUAUGAAGGAUUUCAGGGGAACAUUUGUAGAAGCUUUCUGUAUGAGCGAACAGUUGAUGAAUCCCUACAGAGUCCAAAAGGACACCUGAAUCUUUUCCUGCGGUUCCUGCUGGGCGUCUCACUGGAGUCCAAUCAGAGACUCUUACAGGAUCUGCUGACACACACAGUGAACAGCUCAGAGAUCAUCAAGCGAAUCACACAUUACAUUAAAGACAAAUUCAAAGCUGAUGAAGGUCUCUCAGCUGACAGAUGCAUCAAUCUGUUCCUCUGCCUGAUGGAAAUGAAGGAUCAGACUCUGUACAGAGAGAUUCAGGAGUUUGUAAAAUCAAAAACUCACUCAGUCAAUCAACUCUCUCCAUCUCAAUGCUCAACAAUCGCCUACAUGCUUCAGAUAUCAGAGGAGGUGCUGGAUGAGUUUGAUCUGAAGAAAUACAACACAUCAGAUGAGGGUAGAAAUAGACUGAUACCAGCUGUGGUGAACUGUAGAAAAGCUCUAAUUGCUUGCUGUAAUCUCACUAAUCAGUGCUGUAAAAGUUUGUCUUCAUCUCUAAAAUCAUCAAACUCACUGAGAGAGCUGGACCUGAGUCACAAUAACCUACAAGAUUCAGGAGUGAAGCUUCUCUCUGAUGGACUGAAGAUUUCACACUGUCAACUCAACAUACUAAGACUUGUUGACUGUAAUCUCACUGAUCAGUGCUGUGAAAGCUUGUCUUCAUGUCUACAAUUAUCAAACUCACUGAGAGAGCUGGACCUGAGUCACAAUAACCUGCAGGAUUCAGGAGUGAAGCUGCUCUCUGAUGGACUGAAGAGUUCACACUGUCAACUCAACGUAUUGAGAUUAUCUGGCUGUAUGGUGACAGAGGAAGGCUGUUGUUUUCUGGCUUCAGCUCUGAGUUUAAACCCCUCACACCUGAGAGAGCUGGAUCUGAGCUACAAUCACCCAGGACAAUCAUUAGUCAAGCUGCUCUCUGAUCCAAACUACAGACUCGACAAACUCAAUGUUGAUAAUGGAGGAGAGAUCAGGAUUACAACAGGACUGCAGAAAUAUGCAUGUGAUCUCACACUGGAUUUAGACACAGCAAACACUUUCCUAACUCUGUCUGAGAAGAACAGGAAGGUGACACAUGUGAGAGAAAAGCAGCCAUAUUUUCAUCAUCCAAACAGAUUUGAGUGUCAUCAGGUUCUGUGUGAAGAGAGUCUGUCUGGACGCUGUUAUUGGGAGGCUGAAUGGAGCGGGAAGGAGGUUUAUGUAUCAGUGGCAUAUAAAGGCAUCAGAAAGGAAGGAUGGAGUAAUGACUGUUUGUUUGGACACAAUGAAAAGUCCUGGAGUCUGAAAUGUUUUAAUGAUGGUUUCACUGCCCGUCACAAUAAUAAGUGCACAGAAAUAUCUGUCCCUUCACAUCGCUCUAACAGAGUAGGAGUGUAUCUGAACUCUUCAGCUGGCAUUCUGUCCUUCUACGUCUCUGACACACACACAAUCACACACUUACACACAUUCAACACCACAUUCACUGAACCCCUCUAUGCUGGAUUUGGGUUUUAUUAUUAUGAUACUUCAGUAUCUCUGUGCGAGAUUAAACCGCUUCCUGUGAGAAACAACUGAGACACAGCUGAGUGAAAGAAACACAUUAUCUCUCUCUGUUUCUCUCGUCUUAUUUGCAGUUUGUAUAUAGAAACACACACUGACUUUAUAAAGACAUUUGAAUGUGGCUCAACAGGAGUUUUGUCUUUCCGAGUCUCUGAGCGCCACCUGGAGGAAGUUUUAGUUUCUCGCUCACAGGAAGUAGUUCUUAGCAACUGCUUGAUCUGUUACUAUGGUAACUGAGGGUCAUCAGAGCUCAUCUUCUAAAAACACUUCAUCACAAAAGUUCAUCACAUCUUACGCUCCACAUUGAAGGCUGACGUUUCUUCCUGAUCGCUCAUUCUCAACUGUCUGUCUUACAAUCACAGUCAAACUGAUAAAUCUUUUCUCAAGAAUCAGUGAUGGGAAGUUUAUUUUUAUUUAUUUUUUUUAUUUUUUGCUAUUUCAAGGUUAAAUGAGUGUAUGACUUUCACUCAAUUUUCUGUCACCACUUAUAAAAUUCUGUAAAUUAUUGAAAACUAAUAUGCUACAAAAUUCAGUAUUCACAAUUAAAAAUAUAUGCAUUAUGUGACAGCUGAAGUAAUAUUGAUAAUAUUAGAACAUAUCUGUGGGAAUCUAUUCAUAUUAUAAAUAAAUUAACAUAACUUUACUAAUGAAAAGUUGACGUUUCAUAGAGGUUUAUUUGAUAAAGACCUGAUGUACUGUAUGUAAGCUCUAUGUUAGAAUUUCUGUAAACUGCAAACUAGUUUACAAGCUGACUUUAUUCCUGCCUUUGUUAGCUCAAAAUGAAACAUUUUAGCUUUGAUUGAAACAUGGAUCUCAGCAGAAAUACAGAUUACUUUCAGCUCUCUCUAACGACUUAAUUUUGAAUUAACUCCAAUUUUGCAGGAUGGAAGAACAGGUUGUUUACGCAUUCCCAAAAUCUAUAAGUUCAAUCCUCUCACUUCACUCUGCACAUAUACUUUUUUUGUAUAUCAUGUGAUUACUGUUAUAAAUCCUGCCAAAAGGAAUCUUGUCUCCUUCCAGGUCAAGACACACUGCUGUCUUCUUUCCCAGAGGUUGAAACACUGCUUGUAAUCACUUCAGCAUUCACCUUGACGAACUUCAAGUGGCUGAUUUUCUAGCUCUUCUGCCCUUGUUAGAGAUCACAAGAAAUUAAACCCUGCAACACACAAAGAGGCAAACAUCUUAAGAAAAAUGU